AUGUCGACGAUCACCCCCGUAUCUCCUCCCGUCUACGAUGACGACAAGAUUCUUCCUGUCGGUGGGGGGACUACAACUGUGGAUGAAGAUCUGGGAUUCGUUAAAGACGAUGUUCGAGUGGAUGUCCAUACCAACCUUUAUGAUGGUACUAUCGCACAUGGUGGACCGGUUGGUUCAUUAUUGGCUUUUGUAUUGACUGGUUCGAUUGCCUAUUCAAUGUUGGUCUGCGUGGGUGAAAUGGCAGUUUACGCUCCCAUCUCAGGAGGGUACAUCCAUUUCAUCGAAAGAUGGUUGAAUCCCUCAGUUGGAUUUGCAGUCGGUUGGCAAGUUUGUUUUCAAUAUUGCUUGUUCUUAUCUUCCGAAGUCAUCGCUGCGUCUAUCCUCAUUUCUUACUGGGACCAAUCUUUUACUAUCCCACAUCAAGCUGGAUAUAUGAUAGCGCUCGGUUUUGGUGCUGCUGCUAUCAACUUUUUCGGUGUAAGGUGGUUCGGUGAAUCCGAGUUUUUCUUCGCAUUUAUCAAGAUCGCUCUCGUCAUCGGUCUGAUCAUCGCAGGUAUCGUCGUCGACCUGGGUGGAGGUCCGAACCACGAUCGUAUCGGAUUUCGAUAUUGGAAAGAUCCUGGUGCAUUUGCCGAAUACCAUUUCGCAGGUGAUCUUGGGAAAUUCUUAGGAUUCUUUACCAACCUCCUUCAAGCGGCAGGAUCAUUCGCAGGGAUAGAAUCAAUCGCAGUGGCAGCAGCAGAAGUGAAGAACUCCCGUGUAGCUUUGACGAAAGCUAUCAAAAGAUUGUUCUGGAGAAUUACCAUUUUUUACAUCCUAUUGAUAUUCGUGGUUGGAUUAUUGGUUCCAUAUAACGAUUCAUCAUUAUUACAAUCAACCGGUACAGCCGCCUCAUCACCUUUUGUCAUUGCUUUUCAAAGAGCUGGAAUAAAAGCUUUACCCAGCAUAAUCAACGCUGCGGUACUCACCUCUGCUUUUUCGGCUGGUAGUUCCCUCAUGUAUUCGGUUAGUAGGAUGUUAUAUGGUUUGUCACUUAGAGGAUACGCUCCAAGUAUAUUAGCAAAAACAACUAAGAAAGGUUUACCGAUCGUUUCAUUAAGUUUUGUGACCCUUUUUUAUGGUUUGUCAUUCAUGACGUUGAGUAAAGGUGCUUCGACGCUACUGAAUUGGUUAUCUAACUUGAAUGCUUUAAUCGGUUAUAUCACUUGGGUCGUUACAUUAGUGGAACAGACUUCAACCCUGGCCGGCAUACUGGGAGAUCUUCUGGUCAUCAAUCAUCAUCAUUUUCAACGGUUGGGAAUGAAGAGACCUAGACAUCUGAAAAUUGACGAAUUGGAUAUGUACUCCAACAUCCCUAUCGACGAGGAGGUGUCUUAUGAGGAGCCGCCAACUAAGAAUUGGGGUGUCAAGGUUGUCAAUUUCUUGUUUACCUAA